AUGAAGGAGAAUACUUUAAGCAGUGUUCAAUGGUAUUGUAUCAUUAAUAUGAUAAUUGAAUUUAUUAGGAUCCCUAAUGUUAUUGAAAACCUUAAUGUUAAAGACUUAUUAAGGCCUACUCCGGCAGAAAUUACAUAUCUCUCUCAAGAUGGUGUUGCACAGGCUAAUGUAUUAUCUGCACGUUUUCUCCAAACAAAUAAUGGUUCAAUAGCAGCUUCCAUUAUUUCAAAUUUACCGGAGGCUUUAAUUAGUAAUAUGGGUAACGUCGAAGUUCUUUCAUAUAUGAGAGACUCGAGUGAUGAGGGAAACUAUGAAAAUUUUAACAAAAAUUUGAAGAAUGUUUCAAUAUAUCUGACUAAGUCGAGUCAAUUGGCAACUGUGAUUCCAUCAAAAGACGGUAGAAAUAAUGGAUAUUUAGAACUAUUCAAUCCUGUUCAAAAAGUAUUAUGGAGAAUUGUUCUUCCAUUGGCAGUUCCUCGCAUUACUAAAACUAACCCAGCAACGGGUCAUCAAAAUAUGCAAGUUGAUAGGAUGACUGCAUAUUUGUUGGAACUGCCUAAUGGUGAUUUACUAACAAUGGACAAUAGCGUCGCAAGAAUAUGGCAAGUUGAUGCGGGUGAAUUAAUAAAAGCAGUUAAUGCAUGGAAAAAGUUGGUUGGCAAUAUUGAUCAACGUAUUUUGUCUAUCAUAUAUGAUGAUCCUGAGGGUGACAUUACUAAAUACACUCCUAAUGAUAUGAUAAAUUCUAUAAAUGGUAUAUUUGAAUUGCAUAAAUUGGCAAUGCAAAAACGACUUGAACAAAUCAACAUGACUCAAGAAGAUUUUGAGUCAUAUCGUUCAUAUAAAGCCAACGUUCAGCGUGAAAUUCGAGAACUGCAUGUAAUAUUGGAAAGUAUUGAAGCUAAGGAGAAAGAACGUAUAUGGUUAAAAAAUCAGAGCUCCGGAGAUGUAGAUGAUACCAAAUUAAUCGAAGGAUUAACUGGCGAUAUAAAUAUUUAUAAGCGCCGUGGUGAGAAUGAUCCCGAAAAUGGAUUCUACCAAGCUCGUCCUAAGAAGAUAUAUUUUGUUUUCGAUUUAAGUGCCAGUAUGUAUCGAUUCAAUUCUCAUGAUCGUCGAUUGGACCGUUCCAUGGAAGUGGCUCUUAUGGUCAUGGAGUCAUUUAAAUCUUUUGAACAUAAAUUCCAAUACCAAAUUUUUGGACAUAGCGGAGAUUCACCUAAUGUUGAAUUCGUAAAAAAAGGAAAAUACCCGCGUACUGAAAAGGAGACAUUUAAAGUGUUGAAUAGAAUGCAUACUCAUUCGCAGUUUUGUCUUAGUGGAGAUAAUACACUGGGUGCAGUUUUACAUGCUGUUAAAGAUAUUACAAAAGAAGCAGCUGAUGAUUAUUUUGUUGUUGUGCUUUCUGAUGCUAAUAUUCAACAAUAUAAAAUUAAUCCAGAAGAUAUUGCAAGAGGUAUUAUUAUUUAA